GAAGAACGAGGCUCAACCACAGACACUCCCUGCAUCUUCUUUAUAACUUUUAGAUUCCUUAAAUAAACUGACCUUCUAAAUUCUUAUCAAUAAACUUGAAAUAUUAUUUUCUUCGUAGUAUGUCUGAUGUAGUGUAUCAUACUUACAAUUAUUUAUAUCCACGUGAUUUAUACAAGUUUAAAAAAUUAAUUACAUUAGUAACGAUUUUGAUAAUAAUUGCAGGUUACAUAAUAAAAAUGUUGAAUUUUUUUUUUUUAAUAAUAGAGCCUAAAAACUGAGCAUAGUGUGUGAGUAAAAAUAUAUUUUGAAAAUUGUAUUCUUUUAUCAUAUCGAAUACAGGCCGUAAACAAAAAUGAGGGAGAUGGAGGAGAAAAAAGUAUGGUAACGAUUAAACAGCGCUUGCGCAGUUAAUUCUUGUGCUGUUAGGUUUCUCUAGGGUGAAGUACACAAGGGUGUCAGAAUAUUUUAGAAAUAAUGAAGUGUACUUUUUAUCAAUCAAUUCACAUAUGAUUAUUUACGUACGUAUAUGGACAUAUACAAAUAUACCAACGUGAACGUUUAUAUAUAAGAAUGAAUAUAUGUAUACAUGUAUACACAUACAUUUGUGUGUAAAUACAUGUCUAUCUAUUUGAAUGAUUUCCGUGUGUUUAAUAAAGUGCUCAAUAUUCAUCUUUAAAAUAAAUUGUGUAAAUGUCUAAUAUAAUUACUCAAAAUGUUUUUCAGUGUUGUUUAUCAUGAAUACAUAUCAUAUGACCAUUAAUGGAAAACCUGUGCAUUUAAUCAGUGUCAAUUACUAGUUAAAUAGAAGAAAAAAUGUUGCGAAAACAAACAGUAUCUGUUGGAGACAUCAAUGAAAUUGCCGAGUUAUUGGACAAACAACGGAAUGUAUUACGGGAACUUGACCAAAAGAAACCACAGCUCGAUGAAUUGGUUCACACUGCAGAAAAUUUACGGGCUGAUAAUAAUCGGCAACAAUUGCACGGUAAAGUGACAAAAUUAAGGGAACAUUGGAAUGAAACAAAUUCAAAAGUGAUGCAUCGCAAAGCACAAUUAGAUGCGAUGUUAAUUGAUAGUCAAAAAUAUGAAGCAAAACGAACUGAAAUAGAAAUGUGGAUCGAUCGGAUGGACUUACGAAUCACAAAAAUGCGUCCUAUUGGGCACACUGCAGAUGUAUUGGAGAAUCAAUUAAAAGAACAAAAGUGUCUCCAAGCAGAAAUUCUCCAAUAUGACCGUCAAAUAGAAGCAUUUAAUCAAUUCUCUCAAAAGCUAAUCUCUUUAUAUCAACAAGAUGAUACUACUCGAAUUAAAAAAAUGACUGAUAUAAUAAAUCAACAGUACACUAAUUUAACUGAAGGCAUUAACAAUAGAGGAAAACUACUUCAUUCAGCAAUUAAUUCUCUACACAAUUUCGAUCGAUCUCUAGAUAAAUUUUUAGCAUGGUUAAGUGAAGCUGAAUCUUCGAUGGAGCAACUCGAAACUGAAACUGAUCGUUUGGGAGGGCGUAGAGAUGAAAAUGUUCUCAAUAGACCACAAUAUAUCUUUAAAGAUCUUCAAUUAGAAAUAGAUAAUCAACGUGACAUAUAUACUUCAUUAAAUACCACGGGUCGUCAGAUAUUAAACUCAUUUACUUGUCAAGAAGAUGCAAUCAUGUUACAACGACGUUUAGAUGAAAUGAAUCAAAGAUGGCUUCAUUUGAAGACUACAAGUAUGGCUAUAAGAAAUCGUUUAGAAAAUAAUUCUGAACAUUGGAAUUCAUUAUUAUCAUCAUUACGUGAAUUAACGGAAUGGGUGAUUCGAAAAGACAUAGAAUUAACUAGCUCAGGACCGAUUCAAGGGGAUAUAGUUUCGUUGCAAAAAAUGCAGGAUGAUUAUAAAGGUUUUCGAAGACAAUUAGAAGAUAAGCAGCCAAUAAUUGAAAAUAGUUUAUUAAACAGUGGACAGUAUAUUAAAAACGAAUUGUCUCUUGCGGAUUCUCAAGACCAUGAUGGACAACAACUAGAUGAUUCUAAAAACUAUCGAAGUAUUGGGAAAACAACGAGAAAAUUAAUGCAAAAUAUUCAAUUUGAAAUAAAGAAUCUGACGGAGCAUUGGAAUAAGCUGAUGAAUCAUAGUGAAGAAUGGAAGAAACAAAUUGACGAUGCAAUCAACAAAAUAUGCAAUUUUGAAAAAUUAUUAGAAGAUCUUCUAUCACAAAUUUCUGCAUUAGAAAUGAUCCAAUGUAAUUGGACAAGUCCUUCAAACUCAUCGGAAGCAAGUGAUAUGUCAAAACAACUGCAACAAUUCGGCAACAAAAUGAGUCUUAUUCAACAAAAUAUUGAUGAAAUCAAUGAUCAAGCAAAUUUAUUUACUACAAUCAAUAUCUUAGUAUCACAUGGAUUGCUAAUGAAGCUGGAGGAUGCUAAUAAAAGAUGGAAAAUAUUACAAUCAGCUGUCGAUGAUCGAUAUAAAACAUUGAACAAAUUCGGAAAGGAUGAAAAUAUUCUUCACAAUCAAGACUUUCUAGCUAGUAGUGUUGAGCCGCCUUGGGAAAGAGCCACUACAUCUACUAAAGUGCCUUACUACAUCAAUCACCAAUUGGAAACAACACAUUGGGAUCAUCCAAAGAUGAUUGAAUUAAUGUCAUCCCUAUCCAAUCUUAAUGAAGUUCGAUUUUCUGCUUAUAGAACAGCAAUAAAACUUCGCACCGUACAAAAACGAUUAUAUCUUGAUGCAUUGAAUCUCUCCACUACUCUUGAACAUUUCGAUUCUCAUGGAUUACGUGCACAAAAUGAUAAGCUUAUUGAUAUACCUGAUAUGAUCACUGUUCUAACAUCCUUAUAUAUGGCUAUUGCAAGUGAUCAUGCUAGUCAGAUUCCAAUUCCAUUGUGCAUAGACUUAGCGGUUAAUUGGCUUUUAAACGUUUACGAUAGUCAGAGAACUGGUCAAAUUCGUGUGCUUUCAUUUAAAGUCGGUUUGGUGUUGCUUUGUAAGGGACAUUUAGAAGAAAAAUACAGAUAUCUUUUCCGUUUAAUUGCUGAUCCAAAUAGACUUGUUGAUCAACGAAAAUUGGGAUUGUUAUUGCACGACUGUAUCCAAGUUCCACGGCAGCUUGGCGAAGUAGCAGCGUUUGGUGGAUCAAAUAUCGAGCCAAGUGUACGAAGUUGUUUUGAAAAGGCAGGAAAAACUAGAAAUGAAAUUGAAGCUAGCCAUUUUUUGAGUUGGUUACAGCAAGAACCACAAAGCAUGGUAUGGUUACCAGUUCUUCAUAGAUUAGCAGCGGCAGAAGAAGCAAAACAUCAGGCAAAAUGUAAUAUUUGUAAAGAAUAUCCAAUCAUUGGUUUCCGGUAUCGUUGUUUGAAAUGUUUUAAUUUUGACAUGUGUCAAAAUUGCUUCUUCUCAGGUAAAAAAGCGAAAAAUCAUAAAUUGACGCAUCCAAUGCAGGAGUACUGUACAGCGACAACAUCUGGUGAAGAUGUACGAGACUUUACCAGAGCUUUACGAAAUAAAUUUAAAUCCAAGCGGUACUUCAAAAAACAUCCUCGUGUUGGAUACUUACCAGUACAAACAGUUUUGGAGGGUGAUGCACUAGAAAGUCCAACUCCAUCACCCCAACAUAGUUCUCUCAGUCAUGACAUGCAUUCACGUUUAGAAAUGUAUGCUUCAAGAUUAGCUGAAGUAGAAUUGUCAAGAACAAAAAGUAAUUCUACACCUGACAGUGAUGAUGAACAUCAGUUGAUAGCACAUUUCUGUCAAAGCCUUAAUGGAAAUGAAAAUCAUCUACCAAGAAGUCCAGUACAAGUGAUGGCUGCUAUUGACGCAGAACAAAGAGAGGAGCUUGAAUCGAUGAUUAGAGAAUUGGAAGAUGAAAAUUCUGCUCUUCAAGCAGAAUACGAAAGGCUAAAAUCUAAACAAACACCAGGAUCAACUCCAGAAGAUAAUCAUGGUGUACGUCAUCCAGAAUGUGAUAUGAUCGCCGAAGCAAAUUUAUUGAGACAGCACAAAGGACGUUUAGAAGCAAGAAUGCAGAUCCUAGAAGAUCACAAUCGUCAAUUAGAAUCUCAACUACAUCGACUUCGACAGCUUUUGGAAGAGCCACAUAUCCAGUCACCAUCGAAAAUGGGAACUUUACAGACCCGAAGUGUAACUGCUUCUCAGCUAGCUACUGAUUCACCAUCAAAAGUGAAUGGAAAUUAUUAUGAAUUACCAGGAGAAGAAGAAAUCUCUGAUAACAGCAGAAUAAGCAGCUUGGAGAGACCUCCACCUCCUCCACCACGUUCUCAUAUUGUUCCAAAUAUGGGCGAUCUUCUACAGAUGACAGGAAAACUGGAAAAUGCUAUGGAAACACUUGUUUCAGCGAUAACUGGAACCAAUUUAAGCGAUUAUUAAAUUUUUACAUAUAUUCAUCUGCAUAUCCGAAAAAUAGAAAUCACGAAAUCAUCACAUAUCUAUUACUAACGCAUAUUUCUACUUAAUAAUAUUUUAAGAAAUGACGAGUUAACUGAUUUAUGUGGACUGUUUUAAUAUAAAUAUAUCUAAGUUAUUUACAAUUAGUCAUUACACAUAAGAUAUAUAUGAAAAAUAACGUAUGUUAACAAUAGUAUUCAAUGGAAUCAAUAUAUUGAUGGCACAAAAAUUUUCAUUGAUAUAUUCCGAAGGGAAAUGUUUGACAAAUGAUUUGAUUUUAUUACAACAAUAAUAUCAAUUUUUAUUUAUUUGUAAAUUGUAUACGAUUGUGAUAUAAAAAUAUUUAUAUGAUUAGAUAAUAAUUUGUUACUAACAUAUCGUAGAAUUAUAAUAAUCCUGCAUAAAUUUCAAAGAAUGUUAUGUAAGAAAGUUUUAUCCUAAGUUUCAGUGAAUUUUAAAUACUUAUAUGUACGAUAAAUACAGAAUUGUACACUUAGUUACAAAAAAUAAACCCUU